AAAAAUCAAAACAUGUCACAUGUGCGUUAUUUACUCACAAAAAAAUAAAAUAUUUAUAAUGUAAAUUACAAAUAUGUAAAUAAUAUAAAAUAUUACUUUAAAGAUCAAUAAAGUCUUAUUUUAAUAAACUCAAGUGUUAAAAGCAGCUCUCUAAAUUCAUAUUGUUUUGUUUUCCGAAUGUUUUUUUUUAAAUUGGAAAAAAGACAAUGAGCGCCAAGGAUUUUUACGAAAUUCUCGGAUGCUCCGAAAAAGCGACUUACGAGGAUUUAAAGAGUGCUUUUCACAAAUUAAUAUUGAAAUCUCACCCUGAUAAAGUGCACGACUCGAAUAAGGAUGCCGACGACUUUCAUGAAAUUCAAGAAGCGUGGACCAUUCUCAGUAAACCUGAGAGCAGAAAACUUUAUGAUGCCGAACGUAAACAAGCGAAAUUAGAAGAGGAAAGUAUUGUCGUCCUUGCAAGAAUUACUUCCGACGAACUCUAUCCCAAGGAUGAAAAAUUCGCCUAUCAAUGUCGAUGUGGCAGUGAAUAUAUCAUUGACAAUGAGGACUUGAAAAAUAACGAACAAUUUUACGUCGCUUGCGACGAAUGCACAUUUUACAUUCUAGUUCAAGUCAACAAAAAUUCUCUAAAUCUCUCCUCUUCCGCUUCAUUCGGAACUUGAUUGUAAACUGCAAAAAAAAAAUCAAUUUCGAUAUAUGAAAAUAAAACCGUUAUAUUUUACAUAAA